CCGGGCCGGGGCGCCCGCCCUCCCACCUUCUCCCGCCGCUAUGAGCCAGGGACGUCCGGGGGACUGGGCCCCCCUCGACCCUACCCCCGGACCCCCAGCGCCCCCCAACCCUUUCGUGCACGAGUUACAUCUCUCCCGCCUCCAGAGGGUUAAGUUCUGCCUCCUGGGGGCACUGCUGGCCCCCAUCCGAGUGCUUCUGGCCUUUAUCGUCCUCUUCCUCCUCUGGCCCUUUGCCUGGCUGCAAGUAGCUGGUCUUACUGAGGAGCAGCUUCAGGAGCCAAUUACCGGAUGGAGGAAGACUGUGUGCCAUCAUGGGGUGCUGGGCCUCAGCCGCCUGCUCUUUUUCCUGCUGGGUUUCCUCCGGAUUCGCGUUCGGGGCCAGCGGGCCUCUCGCCUUCAAGCGCCUGUCCUGGUUGCCGCCCCUCACUCUACUUUUUUUGACCCCAUUGUUCUGCUGCCCUGUGACCUGCCCAAGGUUGUGUCUCGAGCUGAGAACCUUUCCGUUCCCGUCAUUGGAGCCCUUCUUCGCUUCAACCAAGCCAUCCUGGUGUCCAGGCAUGACCCCGCCUCCCGGCGCAGAGUGGUGGAAGAGGUCCGAAGGCGGGCUACCUCCGGAGGCAAGUGGCCUCAGGUACUGUUCUUUCCUGAGGGCACCUGUUCCAACAAGAAGGCUUUGCUGAAAUUCAAACCAGGAGCCUUCAUCGCGGGGGUGCCCGUGCAGCCUGUCCUCAUCCGCUACCCCAACAGUCUGGACACUACCAGCUGGGCUUGGAGGGGCCCUGGAGUACUCAAAGUCCUCUGGCUCACAGCCUCUCAGCCCUGCAGCAUCGUGGAUGUGGAGUUCCUACCUGUAUACCGCCCCAGCCCGGAGGAGAGCAGGGACCCCACCCUCUAUGCCAACAAUGUCCAGAGGGUUAUGGCACAGGCCCUAGGCAUUCCAGCCACCGAGUGCGAGUUUGUAGAGAGCUUGCCUGUGAUUGUGGUGGGCCGGCUGAAGGUGGCCUUGGAGCCACAGCUCUGGGAACUGGGCAAAGUGCUUCGGAAGGCUGGGCUGUCCCCUGGCUGUGUAGACGCUGGGACAGAGCCAGGCCGGAGUCGAAGGAUCAGUCAGGAAGAGUUUGCCAAGCAGCUACAGCUCUCUGACUCCCAGACGGUGGCUGGUGCCUUUAGCUACUUCCAGCAGGAUGCCGAUGGUUUGGUGGACUUCCGAGACGUGGCCCUGGCAUUGGCAGCUCUGAGUGGGGGCAGGAGCCUGGAGGAGCUGACUCGCCUGGCCUUUGAGCUCUUUGCCGAGGAGCCAAAGGAGCAGGCCAAGGGGCCCGGCCGCCUGCUGUACAAAGACGGUUUCAGCACCAUCUUGCACCUGCUGCUCGGCUCACCGCGCCCCGCUGCCAGGACUCUGCAUGCCGAGCUAUGCCAGGCAGGGGCCCACCAGGGUCUCUCCCUCUGUGAGUUCCAGGACUUCUCCCUCCACCACCCGCUCCACGGGAAGCUCUUCAGCACCUACCUGCGCCCCUCCCAGACACCACCCGCCUCCUCCCCAGGCAGCACCACCGCUCUGGCCAAUGGGACUGUGCAAACCCCCAAGCAGAAGGGCGACUGAGCACCUCGACCCCACCGCCCCGCCAGCUCGCACCCGCUCAGACUCAGGGCAGCGCCAGGGGCCACCCCCGGGCCUCAAGCCCACCUCUGUCCUGCUUGACUUUUCA